CACGUCAAGCUCCGUCCUCAUUUCUAAGUCCCCUCUCCAGCAUCCAAAAUGGCAGACGUCGACCAAUUUGACAGUGCGCUCGAUCUCCUCCGCCGUCUCGACCCAAAACACACCUCCGAGCACCUCAACUCCCUCAUAUCUCUCGUCCCCUCACUCACAGAAGACCUCCUCUCGUCCGUCGAUCAACCUCUUACAAUCGCGCGAUGCCGAAGGACUGGCCGUGAUUAUCUCCUCUGCGACUACAACCGUGAUGGCGACAGCUACCGGUCUCCCUGGUCCGGCGAGUUCGAGACCCCGCUUGGAGGCAGUGGAGUCGGCGGCGUAGACGAUCAGGGGAACAACGAAGGGGCGGGAGAGGGUGCUGUGCCUAGUGAGCGGGUGCGGAAGAUGGAGGUCAGGGCUAAUGAAGCUUUUGAUGUUUACAGAGAGUUAUAUUACGAGGGUGGUGUCAGUAGUGUUUAUUUCUGGAAUUUGGAUGAUGGGUUUGCUGGCGUUGUUUUGUUGAAAAAAGUUGCUACGCCAGCGGGAAAGAGUCAAGGAACUUGGGACUCGAUCCAUGUCUUCGAGGCCGUUGAUCGGGCUCGUACUGCACAUUACAAGUUGACCAGUACCGUCAUCCUGCAUCUAUCAACCGGCAACGAUGCUCUGGGCGAGAUGGACUUGAGCGGAAACAUGACUCGACAAAUUGAGAGUGAUCUACCAGUUGACGACGAUAUCUCACACAUUGCCAACAUCGGCAAGUUGGUAGAGGACAUGGAGCUCAAGAUGAGGAACCUGUUGCAGGAAGUGUAUUUUGGCAAGGCAAAGGAUGUCGUUGGUGAUUUGAGAAGUAUUGCCCCGUUGACGGAGGCGAAUAGAGAUAAGGCGACUCACCAGGAGAUGAUUAACUCGAUGAAGCGGUAGUAUUAGAAGUGCAAACUCUAUACGCAAUCAAAAUUGGAAGUCAACGUUCGGGACUAGCGCACCU